UAUUAUUCCAGUUCACAAUUAUGUAAUGAAUGAAUGAAUGAAUUUAUUUAUGAUGUUAAUGUUAGCUUGCUGUGUACUGCGAAGAGGUUUCGUCACUCUCGAAUUGCUAAUCAGCCGCAUCCACCUGCAGUGUGGAAAUCGGAGCGAAGUGUUUCCUCCGCCCAGAUUCUAGAAUGCGAAAUUCGUUCGGUCGGGCUUUUGAAUAACAUCAUGGCAAUGAGUGCCGAAGUGGACAUGAGCUAUAUAGACGACGGUGGGAGCAGAACAUCCCCGUCACCCCCUCGUGCAUUGUCUCCAAGUGUCGUGCAGCAACAACAGGAUAUGGUCAACCUACUGUCCGGUUUGAACAUGAGGAAACUGACCAGUGGAAGCAGCAGUGGCAGCUCGGAGAUAACCCCUCUUCUAAACGGCAGCCAGGAAGGCCCCUGCUAUGCCUAUUCUUCCCGAAACAGAGAUGAAGAAGGAGAGUUGGUCGAUUCCUUGUCCACAAUUCGGUCCAGUGAUGAUGUUAACCGAGAAAACUCCAGAUUUCGAGGAAUUUUGAAGCCUGUGAAGCUCGUUUUACUUUCAGCUGUGAUGCUAUUCUGCGUGGUGUCACUUAGUUUCAUCAAGGUGCACGAUGACAGCUGGAAUUCGAUAGCAGUAACAAGAGGAAAGCCAGUUCACAUCAACGUAACUGGAGACAUAGCCUACAAGAGAGAAACCCUCCACCUGCGCGCCAAGGGGCCAUUCCUGCCUGGAGAAUAUUACGGCAUCUCACGAAACUUCGUCACCUUUAGCGUGUCCAGAAUCUCUAAAAACGGGACAUAUGAGGCAGUUUCGAACAGUUGGCAGUUACUUUUAGGGACUGAAACUCGUGAUUUUGAAGUGGAUACCAAAAUAUUAGAGCACGAUUUUAUUUUGCAUCCGGGGGAAAUGUCUGACAGCAACACUUACCAGUUGAGCGUCACCACGAACAAGAGGCGGGAUUACGUCUCGAUGUUCAUCGAUGUGUCCGUGCGACCGGAGCUGGCCGUGGGUCAGAUCAUUAUGGCCAUCUGUGUUCUCGUCGGUCUGUACGUACUGAUAAUCUUCGAGGUGGUUCACCGCACCCUGGCCGCCAUGAUCGGAGCUACAGUAGCCAUCUCUUGUCUUGCUCUAGUCGGAGUGCGCCCUUCCUUGAUGGAGGUGAUGUCGUGGAUGGACGUCGAAACGCUCAGCCUGCUGUUUGGCAUGAUGGUCUUGGUAUCCAUACUGUGCGAGACGGGAUUCUUCGACUACGUCGCUGUGCUGACCUACAAGCUUGCAAAAGGUCAAAUCUGGGCUUUGAUCACGGGUCUGUGUUUGGUAACAGCGGUCCUUUCGGCGUUCCUGGAUAAUGUUACAACCAUCCUGCUCAUGUCAGCAGUGGCUAUUAGGUUAUGCGAAGCCAUGAACAUCGAUCCGAAGCACAUGCUUAUCGCAAUGGUGGUCUUUUCAAAUCUGGGCGGAGCCAUGACACCCAUCGGGGACCCACCCAACGUCAUCAUCAUCUCCAAUAAGAGGAUCAAGAGAGCGGGCAUCGGCUUUGGAGACUUCACUCUGCACAUGCUUCCCGUUGUAGUCCUGAGCAUUGCCGUGACUUACGUCCUCCUGCGCUUCAUGUACAGGGAUGUCUCCCACCUCAGGUUCGCCGACCCUCCUGAAGUGGUUGAAUUGAAACAUGAGAUCGAAGUAUGGAAGAAAGCGUUCAACUCCUUGUCUGGCUACUCGAGGGACGAGGACACUGUGAGGGCUAUUCUGCACAGGAAGAUCACAGUUUUGGAAACGUUAUUGCGGAAAAAACUCUACGAUGCAAAGAUUUCUGAAGAUGACUACAGAGCCAGUCUCAAGGAAUUAACGAAUUCAUUUAAAGUGAAAAACACGUCGCUACUCUUCAAAUCUGGCAUUAUCAUCAGCAUCGUCAUCGUAUUCUUUUUCUUAGAAAGCAUACCAGAAUUGAAUCUCAGCAUCGGAUGGAUUGCCAUUUUGGGAGCCAUCUUUCUACUGGUUCUUGGCGACUUCGACGAACUAGAAAGCAUUUUGAGCCGAGUGGAGUGGUCGACGUUGCUGUUCUUUGGAGCACUCUUCAUCGUCAUGGAGGCUCUGUCGAGAUUGAAUUUGGUUUGGUACAUCGUGAACCUGACCCAGGAUGCCAUCAACAGCGUAGAUGAGAGCCACCGACUCCUGGUGGCCAUCGUCCUCGUCCUCUGGAUCUCCGCCUUCUCGUCCAGCAUCAUCGACAAUAUACCUUUCACUACCGUCAUGGUUCAAGUCAUUGCAGAUUUAGCUGACAAUGAAGAGAUGAAAUUGCCUAUCAAACCUUUGGUAUACGCUCUGGCUCUCGGAGCCUGUUUCGGAGGCAAUGGAACUCUGAUCGGAGCAUCAGCGAAUGUUGUGACGGCAGGAUUGUCGGAGCAACAUGGUUACAGGUUUUCUUUUUACGAUUUUUUCAGGAUCGGUUUCCCUGUCAUGAUUCUCACCACAGCUGUCUCCACGGGAUAUCUUCUCUUUUGUCAUGUGUGGUUGGGAUGGAACGAAUAAGAUUCCGAAUGUGAACGUCUUGCUCUCACCACUGCUUCACUGUAGAGAACACGAUUUGUCAGCAUUCAUCCAUUCGAAGAGCAUCGGAGUCAACAUAUUUUUAAAGACGGAGAAACCGUUCCCGCGUGUUUGAAGUGACGUGUCUGUGUAUGAGUUUGCAUUUAAUGUCGUUUCAUUUCUAAAUGUCUUUCCUUCAUACUUGCACAUUCACGAUUUCGUGUUUCCUUUUAAGAUCCACGAGGCCUCUUUUGAGACUAUGUGGUGAAUAUUGAGUAUGAAUUUGAACUUAUCGUUUAGCUUGAUUCUUGUACUUUUAACCUGGUGAAAUUUAAAAUCAUACCACCAAGCUCGCGAACCAUUUUUCAAUUGUAAAUAACUCGCAGUCAUUUUAAAUGAGGCUUGAAAACCAUUCAGUUUUUAGUGCAGCUCUGAAAUGACUACAUUUGGCGAUUAUCAUUCGAAAAAGUUUGAACUUCAUAACAAUGCAGUAAUUUUUUGUCUAUCAUUUUGAUUCUGUACAAAUUGUCACAUACUGUAUAAUUUCAUGUUAAAUUUAUCUUAAAAUGUUAAAUAUGAAUUUUAAUUAGUUAUUAAUCUUAUUGUUUUAAUAUUUUUAUUAUAUUUCGAAAUAUUUUUUUGUCCGAAUUCAUGCCUAGUAACAGCUAUAAUGCUUAAAUUAUAAUCUCGUUUGAAGUGAAUUUAAUCUUGAUUCGGGUUUUUUCAGGGAAAGUUAAAUUCUUCUGAGUAAUUAAAUUCUGCCUAAUUAAUAUGAAAAAUUUAAUACGAUUUUCGAUUGUCGCUUUUUGUUGCAAUUUAUCAAUGAUUUCUUCAAAACUGCCCAAUUUUAAAAAAUAUGGCAUGUGUUUAAUUUUUUCUCAUUCCAAAUCUGGCUAAUCAAAACUAAAUGUUCAUUUUCGCCUGCUAAUUAAGGUUUAUACCCGUCUUGAAAAAAGCCAUUUGAUUACUAAAUUAUUUCUUAUUUAUCUUUUUUAAUGCGUAAAAUAUUUUCAUUCAGAAAAAGCGUUAUUUAUUCAUAUUUAAGCUCCAGCACAGUUUUCAUUUUGAUUUUUUUAAAUAUGCUGAAAAUUAUUAUCAACAAUAUUAAGAAUCUUUUCAAGUCAAACUUUCACCGAAUACAUUUUUAAAAAUAGAAGUAGCAAUCAAACUACGCAGCUUUUUUCGCCAAUGUUUAACUCGAUGUGAGCAUAAGAUCACGUUAAUUCGUCGGGCUUUCAUUUUCAGAUUUUCUUCUUUUGGCGAACUGUAUCUAGGCGAAUGCAACAGAGGGUAGAUGAUGAUUGCAUAACUUCACUUAUUUUUAAGAAACUUUUAACUUUUUAAGAAAUCGCCACAAAAGGACUGAAUGAUUGUAUUCUACGGAUGAAAGGAGUUGAAUUAUUUAAUUUUUCAGGAAAAAAUAUUCAUACAUCAGUGCACAUUUUAAUAUGAUCUGUGAAAUUUUAAUGUUCUCUAUUCCUGUUUUAUAAUUGCCAAUAUCGUCCUUCAUAGUGCAAAAAGUCAAAACCCAUUCGAUUAAAAUUCACUAUUCGGUGUAGUCAUUAAUAUCGCCAAAGGUUAAUAAUAUCGCCAAAAGACAAGAAAACUAUUAAGGUAAAACUUGUAAUGAAGCGGUCAUAGUUAAAGAUUAAUUUUUAAAGUUAAAAUAAACGUGCAAUUUUACCUGAGAAUUCUCGAUAAUCUUUUUUAUUUAAAAAUACCCUCGUUGGCUGCGUUUAUAAAUUUUGAGAUCUGUGAAUAAUUAUUGCAUUACUCAAAAUGCAAAUCUGUCUAAAAGCUACAGUUUUCAGAAUGAGAAAAAAAAAUUCCUCGAAGUUUGAUUUUAUUAUGCAGUUUCAUCAUUUGUAUUUUGAGUGAUGAAACAGUCAAGGUUCUUCAGAGAUUGUUUACUCUAUUUGUAUUAUUUUGCAGUCUUCAAAAUUUAUAAAUUAAAAAUUACUUAGUUAAUUACUCUUAAUUAAAAAAACUAAGAAUUCUCUCGAAAAAAUAAGAAUAUGGUUCAAACCUAAACGGUUAAUUUUUAACUAUGGUUGCUUUAUUUUAUUUUUCAGAUCAGUGUUUUGGCUUUGAUAAUCCAUUAUUGCCCCCCUCCCUUUAUAUAGCCAAGUGAAAUUUAAAAUGAAAAUUGUGCCAUACGGCCUUUUGCACUGUGAGUGGCAAUAUGUUUCAUGUGCCAUCUUUUGAAGUAUUCUUAUGUGAUAUGUUUCAGUGCGAAAUAAAGAAAUAAGAGCUAGU